AUGCCUACACCACUUCCUUCGAGCUUCGCGUCAGCCGCCGCUGGCAACACCCAAGACCCCAGUAGGAGAGGGGAUGGAGGUGCCGGUGGAGAAUGGUCCCGCACUCGCAUGAACGGAGCCACUCAAACCUUCCGACGCCCAUCUGUCGCUACCAACCCGUCUCACACCCGGGAGGGUAGCCAGCCUGCAUCUGCCUCGACGCUUACCUCCGGAGCCUACAUGCCUCCCCACAUGAGCUCAAAUACUACGUCUAGCGCCAUGCGGAACGGGGAAGCCCGAUACUCCAAGGAUCAACUCCUGGAAAUGUACAGGGCACAGCGGGAGUCCGGGUCCUUGGGUAAGAACGUGGAGGAUUACUUUGUGGCCGACUGGGAUCCUCACAUGGUGACACCCCCCGUGAAUGGGGCGUGGGGGAAGCGGGAUGACCAAAAGACCUCCGCGGGGCCUGAAGUGUGCUGGGAUCACGGUGGCCAGGCAGAGCCGCUUGGCUUGACUGAUAUGUCUGAUGGAGAGAAAGAGUUGUUUUCCGCCUCGGUCAAUUCGCCUCUCAAGCCGCCGCCCACGAACGCCUCGAAAGAAAAUACUGCUUCAGGAACCGGUGGUCGCAAAGGGUCUAUUUCCUACACCCAGGGUCACAUUAAUAACUACAAUACCUCUUCCCCGAACGCCGCCCGUCCGGGCGUCCGACGCCGAGAGACUGGCGAUUCCGUCGGCAAUCCUAUGUCUCCUACCGGUUCGAACCCCCGAUUUUUCCGCGACGAAGCAAACACUUCCACUCCUCCCCCGGCUCUGUUGCGUCGUAAGACCGACUUCCGAGACUCCAAAGCGGACGAAAAAGUGAAGGAGGGCGGACCAGAUGCUGCUUCCCCCUUCGGUUCCUUGAAACGCAGCUCUACCAACCCUCUGAAUACAGCCGUAGGUGGACCCAACUCUCCUUGGGGAGCUGCGUCCGCCUCUCAAAGUGCCAAUUUUUCUCCCAUGGGCGCAUUUGGAGCUUUCUCACUCGGAUCGAAUGCCGCCGCGCAAACACCCACGACCGAGAAGAAGGCCGGAUUUGGAAGCCUUAGAGGCGAGAGUAGGUUCAAAGGCCUGCUUUCCAAGGACAGCUCGGAGGAUAUUGCGGGGUCUGCUAGGGACAAGGCUCUGGGCAACCUUGAGCGUCUUGCUGAGGAUGAGGCACACUCGCGCUCGCAGUCUCCAUGGGGAGAUGCGCUUAAGACCCGUGCUUCUCGGAGCGAAACCAAUCCAUUUGAUGAGCCUCGCAGUGGGAGUGCUGCCCUCGGCGGGUCUCAGGAUGUUGAGGUACCGUCCCAGGCAGACCUUGGUUUCGGUGCAUUCGGCAUGACAUCGAGCAUUCCCGGUUUCCGGGAGCUGAUGCAGAGCCAUGAGAACUCGCGAAACCCUACUCCUAGCCUUCUCCAGGGGCAUGAGCCGACUAGUCCGACCAAUACGAACCCCUAUCAAAGUCCGCACGGUGAUAAAACCGCAGUGGAUGCGGAUGAUGUGGACACUGAUGGAUCUGAUAUUCAGCAGCCCCAGCACCCUGGCCUGCGGGGCUUGCGUGACCCUGGCAAUCCAUUCGGCUCCAUGAAACGAGUCGGAUCAGGCAUGGAUCUGCCUACGAUCGACCGCAGCCAAAACUCGAGUGUCAACGCUAAUCGAAAUUAUCCCGGUCUGGGAAGCCUGGGUGGUCUCUCUGGCUUGGGCGGCCCUUCUGCGUGGUCUUCGGGCGGUGCUAUCGGGACCCCCACUCGCGAGCGUUCGGCUUUCGGUGCAUUCGCGGAUCCCAUCUUCGGAUCGAUGGGUGGCGAUCUUCAGUCUCCAAGCCUGUCUGCGCUUGGUGGCGGCGGCUUCUUUAGCCCGCAUGCCGGUAUUUCCGGCACCGCGAGCAUUGGUAGGUCUAGCAAAUUGGGCGCGCUUUUCUCUGGAAUGCAAGACGAUCAAAGCCGCCCUGAGUCCGUGGGUAUGGACGAUAUUAUGAGACAAGACCCGGCUCAUGGAUUGGACGGAUCGGCUAGUAAGCCCGGAUCGAACUCGGCCUCUCAAACACCCGUUUCGGCCGUUGGUUCUCUCCCUAUGAACCAUGAUAUUACUGGUACCCAGACUCCAGGUGGCACUGUUCCUUCCGCCCAGCAGCGGACCAUGGUCAUGCCCGAUCGGAUGCGCUGGAUCUACCGUGAUCCGCAAGGAAACAUUCAAGGGCCUUGGACUGGACUUGAGAUGCACGAUUGGUUCAAAGCUGGAUUUUUCAGUCCUGAAUUGCAGAUCAAGAAGCAAGAGGACAUCGAGUUCGAACCGCUCGCGCAGUUGGUCCGACGCAUUGGGAACUCGCGUGAGCCAUUCCUUGUCCCUCAAAUUGGCAUCCCUCACGGACCGGAACCCAAUGGUCCUCAGUGGACCGGUGCCAUACCCACCGGCUCUGCUCAACCUCCAUUCCCCGGCAGUUUCCCCAGCUUCGGCACGACUUUGACAGCCGAGCAGCAGAAUGCACUUGAGCGUCGUAAGCAGGAAGAACAGUAUCUGAUGGCUCGCCAGAAGGAGCAUCUCGCUCAACAGCAGGCUUUCAUGAAGCAGGUGCACCCUGGUGCUCCGGCAUCUGCCCAACCUCCACUUCAGCACCAGUCAAGUGCCCAUAGCCUUCACAGUCAGCCUAGCUUUGGCAGCAUCGCCUCUCCUGGCGCGUAUCAGCCUUCUCCUAUUCAGGCACCAGGCCAAGGGCAGCAGCAGCCCCAGCAAGUCCCAGGGUUCUUUGACGCCGCUGGACCGCUCAGACAAAGUGGGCUCUCGGGUACCACCCCCGGGAUAUUAGGAACCGAUAUCGGUAACCAAGAUCAGCUCGCUGCUCUUGUUGACCGUCUGAAUGUAGGUCGGCAGGAUCCGUUUGCUUUCGGUGGGGCUGCGUUCUCCGGCCGUCAGCCCGAUAACUUCCUCCACGCCCAACAAGUUGCAUCGAUGCUCCAGGAUCGAGCCCAGCUGCAGGAAGAACAGGAGCAAUCUGAUAAGAAUAACUCAGAUGAUCUCUUUGCUCAGCAGGCUCGCGAAGAGCGACUUCGUCAGUUCAACGCCCUACGAGCCCAGGAAGGUGACAUGGUGCGCACCGCGGAAGGUCUCCCAACUCACCCCGCUGCUGUGUCCAUGCAGCUCGAAGCUGAGGCUGCUGCCACAAGCUCGGAGAUCGCAGCAGAGAUGCUUGCCUCUGAGCCCGAAAUGUCUGAGCCCGCGCUCACUCUAUCACAGCAGGUUCAUAAGGCUGCCUCUGCCCAGCGCCAGCAGCAGCAGCAGGAGCAGGAGGAACAGGCACCCGAGUCGGUUUGGGGAAACAAAUUGGACCGUGCUAUGCCUCAGCCUUUCCCUCCCCCUCCCUCUGCCUCGCCUUUGCCGGCACCUGCGGCCCAGCGUAACCGCCAGAACGUCGCCGAUGCUCUCGCCGCUGGCUCUCGGUCCCAAACCCAAACUCCCAUUGAUGCGCCUGCCACAUCCGUUGCUCCUUGGGCCAAGGAUACCCAUGAGGUGCCCAAGGGACCUUCUCUGAAGGAAAUCCAGGAGGCCGAGGCUCGUACAGCUGCCCAACGUGAGGAAGUCGCCGCGGCCGCUCGUCGUGCCCAGCUGCUCGCCGAGCAAGAACGUCUCAGCCAGGCUCAGGCCCAGGUUGUUCCUGGUCUCCCCUCGUCGGCCAACUGGGCCAGCGCUGGAUCGCCUGGUCUCCCUACCGUGACCACUGGCUCCGCCUGGAGCACCAAGACCCAGCCUACUCCUACCACCACUGCCACUAAAAAGACCCUCGCUCAGAUCCAAAAGGAAGAAGAGGCUCGCAAGCAGCGCCUGGCCGCUGCCACUGCCGCCGCUGCCGCAACUGCGACACCUAGCCCUCCCGCGUCUGCUAGCAAGCGCUAUGCUGAUCUCGCCAGCAAGGCUCCUGCUCCUUCCGCUGCCACUGCCGCCCCCACUGUUUCCGGUGCCUGGACUACUGUCGGUGCUGGUGGCAAGGCUAAGGCCCUGCCUGUUGCACCUCUUGGCCCCCGCUCUUCCAGUGGAACGGUCCCUGUGGCACCCGCUGCUGUCCCCAAGCCUCGCCCAGUUGUUGCUACCCGCGCUGUGACUGCGGGCAGCGUCCCCCAGUCAAACCCUAACCAGGCUGUUGAGGAGUUCUCCAAGUGGGCCAAGCUCAUCCUUGGCAAGGGGUUGAACAGCAACAUCAAUGUUGACGAUUUCGUCCAGCAGCUGCUGUUCCUGCCCGCCGAGGCUGAAAUCAUUUCCGACUCCGUGUACGCCAAUUCUCAGACUAUGGAUGGCCGUCACUUUGCCGAGGAAUUUAUUCGCCGCCGCAAGCUAGCCGACAAGGGCGUUGUUGAGUCCGUCUCGCCCAGCGUUUUUGGCGAACAGAAGAACGGCGGUGGCUGGAGCGAGGUUGCCAAGAAGGGCUCGACCGCUAGCGCUACCCCCCAGACUCCCCGUGAAGAAGAAGCUGCUAGCGCUGCAUUCAAGGUUGUCGCUCCCCGUAAAAAGGGCAAGCGGUAA